AUGUACAAGACCAGGUUCAAGCAAUGGGGUUUUGUCAAGAACAACAAUCGAGAAGAUGUUGCCAAGAUGAUCUUGGUCAGGCAAAAGCGCGCGGCCGUCGGAAAGCAGACAACUUUUGAGCGCAACGGCAAAGUUGUUCAGAUCGAUCGUUACUUGAAGAAGCAUGGCAUCGUCCUACCCAAUGGAAACAUGCCAGUUUCCAAGAAUGAACUUCCUGGGACUGUGAGAUGUCGCACGCCGCCACCGGAAACCUUCUCCACUACGCCAGGAUCUCUCUCACUCAAGGAACUAUUGAUGCGAUCCCUGAAGGAUCUUACACCGUCCUUCGCUAGGCUCUCCGACUCUUCAUCCAUCAAGUAUAAAUCAACCACAUCUCUCUGGGAUGCCCCGAGGUACUUGAAACUUGCCUGUGAUCUAUUCUCCGAGAAACGACACAAGCAAGCUGGCUCCAUCUGCGACUCAGCCUUCAGCUCAGUCCACGCGCUUGUGCAUCCGCCGAGGCUUGACACCUUGUUCAACUUCCUAGUGAGUCAGCUGUGGUGGGCCAACAAAGACGUCACUCUCGAGCUUUGGCGAUACCUGUCAGCCUAUAUGGCGAGCGUUCUAGGCGCCACGGGCAGCGCCGUCUACCAUCUCCUGCGUGCUCUCGUGGCCCACAUCGAGACACAGGGCCAUGACGCCUACCUCGACUUUAUGACCGAAUGCAUUGACGACAUCCUCCGACUCGAUGACGGCAGCAUGAAGAAAUCGGAGUCGUGGUGGAAAGUUGAGAACCAGCUGGUCAGAUGGUGUCAGCUCAUUGUCAUGGACUGCUAUUUCCUCAACGGCUAUAACCCGCGCGCGGAUCGUAUACAGGCACGAUGUGCAUCGGCACUGCCACGAAGUCGCAUUUUCCCUAAUGAUCGCGACCUCAACGAACAUAUGUGGCGCAAUGCUUUUGCAGUCUAUGCUUCUUCGUCAUCAACUGCCCUGCCUAUAACCCAGAGCUCACGCCAUGAACGGUUCCUCCGCCUCGCCUUCACAAGCUACGCCCGAGUGCUUGGUCGAGCAAGCGGUUCGCCAGUGAUGCAUCCGAGCCUGACACGCAUUGAAGGCGUUGUCGGCAGCCUUUCGCGUCGAUGUCUCGAGCCCGUGGCCCUCACCAAAUGCCGUCGCUCCCUCGACCUUGAAAGCCGCGUUCUGACUUUCCUCACAAGGGACUUGUCGGCAGGCGUAGGCCAACCGGUAGACUAUGGGUCAUACCCGGUCUGA